AUGGCCGUCACACAUGUUGUUAUGUUUCAGUUCAAGCCUGGCGUGAAGCCGGAAAGCGUUCAAGAGCUUUGUGAGAGGAUGCUUGCGCUCAAGGAACAAUGUAUUCACCCUGAGACAGAAUCAAGUUACCUAAAAUCAUGUGUUGGCGGCAAAGAUAUCUCGGUCCAAGGCAUCCAGAAAGGAAUGUCUCAUCUUUUUGUGGUGGAAUUCAAUUCUAUUGCGGACCGCGAUUACUACGCAUUGCAUGACCCAGUACAUUUGGAAUUUGUGAAGUGGAGCGAGUCGGUGACAAGUAAUGUUCAGGCACUCGACUUCACGCAUGGCCGGUUUUGA